GAAAAAGCUAACAAUUAGUUGAGUACGCUACAUGUCACUGGCAAAAUGCCCGUACUCGAGUCCCUUAUGCUCGGUGAGAAGACAGCAGUUGUUUUUGACAUAGGCUCAGUUUACACCAAGUGUGGUUUCGCUGGAGAAACUGGACCAAGGUUUAUUAUGCCAACAGAGAUCACUUUGCCCACAGGUGAAAAAAGAAGUAUAUCCUCGUGUGAUGGAAAGGACAAAAGACGAGAGUUCUUGACAACUUUUCUUUACAAUAUAUACUAUCGACAUUUGUUGGUAAACCCGAAGGACAGACGAGUUGUUGUAGUUGAAAGUGUCCUAUGUCCUUCAUCAUUCCGUGAAGUUUUGGCCGACGUUUUGUUCAGUCAUUUUGAAGCACCUUCUGUACUUUUUGCAACUUCCCACUUGAUGGCACUAUUUACUCUUGGGAUUUCGUCAGCUGUUGUAUUAGACUGUGGUUAUAUAGAUGCUCAGGUUCUGCCUGUUUAUGAAGGUUACACUCUACUGAACGCUUGGCAGUCAGCCCAGCUUGGUAGCAAAAGAAUUCAUGAAAACAUCAGGGGUUACUUAAAUGAAAAUGCCAAGUUGGUGGAUGUUAUCAACGGGGAGUCGCAGUUAACCCCCUGUCCAGAUUGUUUUAUUUCGGAACAUAUCGUUGAAGAUAUAAAAGUUCGUACAUGUUUUAUUAGUCCACACAAUAGGGCAGUCCAGUGGAAGGCUUGGAAGGACUCUGAUGAAUCAUCGGUCACAAAGCCCAACUUGUAUCAGGAAACAUUUAUUUUCCCCCUAGACAAGUUAGGGAACGAAAGGCCAAUUCAAGUUGCAUCAGAUAUCCGAGAGUUGGCAGUCGAAUGUUUGUUUUCUGGAGACAAUGACCAAAUUACAAUUACAACACUAAUUUUACGAUCAAUUUUGUUGGCACCUAUUGAUAUUAGAAGGAAGUUGGCAGAAAAUAUUGUACUUAUUGGUGGAACAACCAUGCUACCCGGCUUCGUGUCUCGUCUAAUGGAGGAACUCAAUUCACUUGUCGAACUUCCUGAGUUCUCAAAGUUACAAGCUUUAAAGGGAUCUUUUAAGUUUCACAAUCCUCCUGGUGAAGCAAAUUACAUAGGAUGGCUUGGUGGAGCAAUUUUUGGUGCGCUCGAAUGUCUACCAGGACGUUCACUGAGUCGGUCUAGUUUCUUGGAAGAUGGUUUAGUUCCAGACUGGUGUACUCAAAUUGAUCAAAAACAUAACGAUCUUGAAAGGCAGGAUACUACUCGCCAGUGAUAUCUAAUAUGAAUUUUUAUUAAAUCAACCAUUACGUAUUUAUCAUUCAGUAAAUAUAUUUCCUUCUAAGCAUCUGUUAACUUUCCCUUUGUUUACAACUUCAUGAAACAACUUAUUUUUGAUAAUUUUAUUUCCAGACCAGCUAGUACUUUAAUUAUUUCCUGGUUUUGUCAGUUGGGUUGGAUGUUUUGGGUUUUAGAAAUAAAUUCUUUUCAAAACGUA